ACGUUUCCUGUCAAGAUGGCGGAUAAUCUCCCUUCGGAGUUUGAUGUGGUCGUAAUAGGGACGGGUUUGCCUGAAUCCAUCAUUGCAGCUGCAUGUUCAAGAAGCGGCCAGAGGGUUCUACAUGUUGAUUCAAGAAGCUACUAUGGAGGAAACUGGGCCAGUUUUAGCUUUUCAGGACUGUUGUCCUGGCUAAAGGAACACCAGGAAAACAGUGAUAUUGUGAAUGAAUGCCCAACAUGGCAAGAGAAGAUCCUUGAAAAUGAAGAAGCUAUUGCUCUUAGCAGGAAGGACAAAACCAUUCAACAUGUGGAAGUGUUUUGUUAUGCGAGUCAGGAUUCGCAUGAAGAUGUUGAAGAAGCUGGUGCACUGCAGAAAAAUCAUGCUUCUGUGACAUCUACGAACUCCAUAGAAGCUGCAGAUUCUGCCUGCCUGCCUACAGAAGAUGAGUCAUUAAGCACUGCAAGCUGUGAAAUACCCACAAAACAAACUCCAAGCAGUGAUCCAGAGAUUGCCCUAGAAGUAAGUGACGUUGAAGCGACAGGAGAGAAAGAAAACCAUUGUGAUGAUAAAAUUUGUGUGCCCUCAACCUCAGAAAAGGAAACAAGUGAAAAUGUGCCUAAGGCAGAAGACACUGCAGAGCAACCAAAGAAAAAUAGAGUUACUUACUCGCAAAUAAUUAAAGAAGGCAGGAGAUUUAAUAUUGAUUUGGUGUCAAAGCUGUUGUAUUCUCGAGGAUUGCUAAUUGAUCUUCUAAUCAAAUCUAGUGUUAGUCGAUAUGCAGAGUUCAAAAAUAUUACCAGGAUUCUUGCGUUUCGAGAAGGAAGAGUGGAACAGGUUCCUUGCUCCAGGGCAGAUGUCUUUAAUAGCAAACAACUUACUAUGGUAGAAAAGCGAAUGCUAAUGAAGUUUCUCACAUUUUGUAUGGAGUUUGAGGAGCAUCCUGAUGAAUAUAAAGCCUAUGAGGAAAUUACAUUUUCUGAAUAUUUAAAAACUCAAAAAUUGACCCCCAACCUCCAAUAUUUUGUCCUGCAUUCAAUUGCAAUGACCUCAGAGACAGCCAGCAGUACCAUAGAUGGUCUCAGAGCUACCAAAAACUUUCUUCACUGUCUUGGGCGGUAUGGCAACACUCCAUUUUUGUUUCCUUUAUAUGGCCAAGGAGAACUCCCUCAGUGUUUCUGCAGGAUGUGUGCAGUGUUUGGUGGAAUCUAUUGUCUUCGCCAUUCAGUACAGUGCCUUGUUGUGGACAAAGAAUCUGGAAAAUGUAAAGCAAUCAUAGAUCAGUUUGGUCAGAGAAUAAUCUCUAAGCAUUUCCUUGUGGAAGACAGUUACUUUUCUGAGAACACAUGCUCACAUGUGCAAUACAGGCAGAUCUCCAGGGCAGUCUUGAUUACAGACAGAUCUGUGCUAAAAACAGAUUCAGAUCAACAGAUUUCCAUUUUGACAGUGCCAGCAGAGGAACCAGGAGCUUUUGCUGUUCGAGUCAUUGAGUUAUGUUCCUCAACAAUGACAUGCAUGAAAGGCACAUAUUUGGUUCAUUUGACUUGUACAUCUUCUAAAACAGCAAGAGAAGAUUUAGAACCAGUUGUGCAGAAACUAUUUACUCCAUAUACCGAAAUGGAGAUAGAAAAUGAAGAAGAUGAAAAGCCAAGAGUUCUGUGGGCUCUUUACUUCAAUAUGAGAGAUUCUUCAGAUGUCAGCAGGAACUCUUACAAUGAUUUACCAUCCAACGUUUAUGUCUGCUCUGGCCCAGACUGUGCUUUAGGAAAUGAUAAUGCAGUCAAACAGGCUGAAGCACUUUUCCAACAAAUCUGCCCCAACGAAGACUUCUGUCCACCCCCACCAAAUCCUGAAGACAUUAUCCUUGAUGGGGAUAGUUUACAACCAGAGGCUUCAGUAUCCAGUGCUGUACCAGUGGCCCACUCAGAGACUCCCAGGGAAAGCGCAAAUCUGAGAAACCCAGAGGAGCCCUCUGAGUAACAAGUAUACACCAAACUGGAUACCACACUUUGGAAAAUCCUCCUUGCCUCAGAGUCUUCUUGAUGGAAGAACUGUUUGAAAAAUGUUACAAAGCAACAGUCAGUUGACAUGCAGAAUUACCAAAAGAAACAGGUGAUAGAAAUCCAAAGGGGGAUUUUCCUUAAAGAGGACAUUCCAAGACCACAUUACACUUGUAAAGCACAUUGACUUGCCUGCUUUAAGAUACCAAACCUGUGGAAUUAGCAGAUAAAAAUUAUAAAUGAGUUGAUUCCCAGAAAUAUAGCUAUGUUUAUAAAAGUGAUCCAAUGUAUUCUUAAUAAUUCUAUGGUAUUAGGACAGUUUUUGCUUGCCACUUUGAAUCUUUGUUUGAAAGCCAUAUCUUCAGAAUCAGCUUACAUAUUUCCUUUGAUUAUUUGAGUUAUAUUUUCUUUAUGGGUAUGACCAUCAUGGCACAACUGAUAAAAGCCUGCAUAAAUAUAGUUGAGAAAAACUAAAGUGUCAUAAUCCAGGCAGGAGCCUAUGUUUGAAAUAGAGGUUUGUUUUGUUUUCUAUCUUGAGUAUUGAAAGUGCUAAUAUUAAAACAGACAUUUUUAUCAGCAAGUCAUGAAUACAUUAUUCACUUUUUUAAAAUGUUAAUAGUGAUAUUUGUAUGUGAAUCCUGAACACACUAGGAAGGCUCAGUAGGAAAGAUUUGAAUAGGCUCAUUGAUAUUUGGAAAUUCUAUCUAGUCAAGUAUCUCGAGCACUAGCCUAAUUGUCUACAGACUUCAUUUAGUCCUAGCUAUGCUACUGAUGAUAUUAGGCAAAUUAUUUAACUUCUGGGCCUCAGUUUCUCCGUAUGUCUGCUGUAUGAUAAUGAUUUUGACGAUAAAAUGCAGUGCCAUCCUUAGAAUGGUUUUUAUGAAAUAAAAGUUUCAGAAUUUUCUCAUUGAUUUGGGGGUGAAUAUCAAAGAUCUCAUGAAGCAAAUGAUUGUUUGCUGCCACCUCCCCUGACACAAUAGUUCAUAGUGUUUUAUUACAUAAAGCUUUUAAAAUAAAAAUGUUUCCUAAAUUAGUAUUUUAUAGUCUAAUAGAAAAGUAAACAUAGUAACGUGUGGAAUUGUGGUUUUGAAUCUUAAUAAGGAAAACAGUCUAUAAACUCUUCAUGUUCCUUUUCUGGUAGGUAAACCUGAAACCACCAAGGACUCUAAAUGGAAUAUGACAAUUGGUAAACCCUAAUGUGCACUUCACAUAAAAAUAUAAGGGCUUGGGGAUAUGUGUAUAAAAACAGAUGAUUGAACUUGGUGUACCCCCAAAAAAAUAAAAGUAAAAAAAUAUAUAUAUAAGGGCUGUACAUAGGCAGCAAAUCUAGUUACAGUGAGAGUGUCUAUAUUAAAAUCUUUCCAAAUGCCAAGCUUUAAUGGUUUACCUUUUUUGAGCAAUAGUUUGGACUUAAUUUAUCUCAAUAAAUAAAUACCUUAAAAGUGUAUUGUCAUUUAGCCUGGCCUAUAAUGCUGCUCAGAGAGAGCCAUGGCUACAGUAGAAAGCACAUAGUUCUUACAUACUUCAGCUGCGGCGAACAUACUUCAGCUACAGUGAGACUCUGACCUCUCCAGAUUUCAGAGAAGAUCUUAAGGAAAGGCAGCUCUGUCAGGUCACAGAUUCAUGAGAAAUGGAAAGAAUCAAGGAAUGUAGCUCUUGCUUCACCUUUUAACCUCCCUACAGAUACAGCUGAAUCCAGAGGAAAAUCUUCCCAUCCUCUCAGGCUACUCCUAACCCCUCUCCCCAUUGCACAGCCUCUCCCCUAUCUCUUUAAUCCCCUAUAUCCCUCUCUUCCCCUUUUAUAACGUUAUACAAAUCAGGGACAAUAGAAUCACAUUAUAACCUACUUUGUUAUAUGGAUUCAGAUCUAUCUUAAAUCAUAUUUCCUGAAACCCAACUAUGGCAUGCGCUAAAUGCACAAUAUAUACCUAUAAGCACCAGGUAUUGGCCCUGCCCCGCAGUACCAGCAAUAUAAAAUGUUCCACUGUGUGAAAGUAUUGUCUGAAUACAAUUGCAGUAAACUGCACCAAUUAAGAUAUUCUACUUUGUUAUACUCUUAGAGUUAAGGCCUCUUGAUGUAGCAUGCACACUUAUGUAAACAGCCAAUCAGGGUAGACCCAGACUAGAAAAAUUCUGAUAACUUUACUACAGCUCUCUAGAACAAUGAAAGAGAGAUUCUGUGGCCUCAUGGCCCAGUCCAUACUGUACCCUAUUUCAUCCAUUAGCCAGCAUCAGAAUUUGUCUUCCAGAUUAUUAAAUACUGUUGAAAUGUUUAAAAGCUCCUGAAUAUGAUUAGUGAUGAUUAAGAUAAUACACAACUGUUAAAAACCUUGUGUUAGAGAACUUUAGAUAUUUCCUGUUGCCUCAGAAUGUAAUAGAAAUUAUUAUAAGAGCAUUCUUUUCAGCUAUCGUAAUUACUGCAAAUAUUUGUUUUCAUAGCUUUAAAGGAAAACCUUUCAGUUUUGUAAAACCGUAAGCCUAAAGUUAUAUGAAUAAAAUAUGGAUGCUGUAUGUGAUGCACAAAUUUCAGUACCUAAUUUUAAAUUUUGAAAAUUGCUAUUAUCAAAGAAUUUUUAUUCGUGUUUAAAUGCUUAUGUUAUGCAUGCUUCUUAUUAACCCAAAAUGAUUAUACCAUUCAGUUUAGUGAUCAAUAUGAAAAUGAAUUACAAACCCUAUGUUGCUACUGUAUUUUUGUCUAGUUGGUUUGCCUGCCCAGAAAAACAUACAUAUAUACAUAUAAAAUAAACAUAUUUUUCUGUAGAAAAACUGAGUUAUAAUUUCCCCAUCUCCUAUGAUAUUUAGCUGCUCAUAGAAAAACAGUCAGGUUAAUGGUUAACUUCUAGAAUAGUAGUUUUUGAGAUUGGCAACCCUUUGUCUAAAAUAAUGGCCAUGUUAAUGAUUAACCUCUGUCACAGCUAUAGUUCCGGAGAAGGCAGCCCUUUGUCUAAAGUCCUAAAAACCUCAAAAAUAUUUCUUGAAAUUUGAUUGCUAAAUAGCAGAGUUCCUUCAAAGCAAUUUUCUUACAAACAAGUUAUUUACUGCUAUUGGUGUUGGAUAAUUUCUCUCUCAACUCUUGAUUGAUUUUCUUAUAUGCAUUUCAAAAAGCAUGAAUAUAUGAUUAUUCAUAAUUUGCACACUGUAACAGUAGGUUUUCAGAGGAAAUAAAGUCUGUUUUUAAUGCCUUUCAGGCAUGGUAUCCUUUUUAAAAUUAAAAUUUUGUAUAUAUGCCAAGAAAUUAAAGAUUGUCUUGGAACUGAUUUAUUUGUUGAUAUCAGUCUAUUAUUUAAACUCUUAGUUAAUUGUCCAGCUGUGUACUUGGUUUUAUUUCUAGGCAUCUGCCAGCUGUGUCAGGUUUGUGAAAAAGGCAAUCAGAUGAUACAUGGGUAAGAUUACUUAGCAAACUAUUCUAGAUGCCAGCAUCAGAUCUCAUUCUGUUUGAAAUCAGUGUUCUGAGGCAUGGGAUAUGGCUUUACAAUACAUUACCUGCAAACUGUUUUCACAUCUCACUUAGUGUAU